AUGAGCUCUACUACUUCCGAGACGAAGCGCGUUGCGAUUAUCACCGGAGCGGCGGAAGGCAUCGGGCGUGCUAUUGCGCUCCGACUGGCCAAGGACGGGUACGACCUUGGGCUGUUCGACUUGCCCCGCGCGCGAGAGAGGUUGGAGGCGGUCGCGGAAGAGGUCCGGACCGCGCACGGAGCGCGGGUGGUGAACGUGUACGGAGACGUGUCGAAGGAAGACGAUGUGCGGAUUCUCGUAGAGACCGUCGUGCAGGAACUUGGUAGCGUAUAUGCGAUGAUCGCGAACGCGGGGAUAUGCAUCAACCAAGUCUUGCACGAGACAACCUCGGAGGAGGCCGACAAGCUCCUCGAUAUCAACGUGAAGGGCACGUUCUACAGCUUCAAGUACGCAGCGAUCCAGAUGAUCAAGCAGGGUACCGGCGGUCGCCUCGUUGGUGCGGCGUCCAUUGCGGGCAAGAGAGGGUACGCCGAGCAUGCGCUAUACAGCGCUUCGAAGUUUGCGGUCCGUGCUAUAGUCCAAUGCGCUGCGCUGGACUACGGGCAGUACGGUAUCACUGUGAACGCGUACGCGCCGGGCGCAUGCGAAACAUCGCUAUUGACCGGGGUUGACGAGCACUUCGCGACGAAGAACGGGGAGCCCAUCGGAACAUACAAAGUUAAGUUCAGGGAUGGUAAUGCGUUGAAGCGUAAUGCAAGGCCGGAAGAUAUCGCGAACCUGGCGUCCUUUUUCGUGUCGGACGACGCCUCUUUCAUCACCGGGCAAAGCUACCUGGUCGAUGGAGGCACCUGCUUCGACUGA